AGAAGAGAAAGAGAUGUGAAUGAAAGAUGAGUGCUCGAAAUUUCGAACCACUUCUCAUAAAUGCAGGAAUUUAUGGCUGUUUUGAAAGCUAACCAACUGCACAAACCCACUUCGGUGACCACAUUUACUCCUCGCCAUCGCCAACCCACCACCAUAAAUACGUCCUCCACUCUUCUGUUUCAAUCAUCAUCCAUCCAACGAAUCAAAGGAAACAGAAAGCCCAAGUUUCGCUGCCAUGGCCGUAGAGCAAGACCUCCUGUCGACGGAAAUCGUCAACCGGGGGAUUGAGUCGUCGGGGCCCGACGCCGGGUCGAUGACGUUUUCCGUCAGAGUGAGGCGGAGGCUGCCGGAUUUCGUGCAGUCUGUGAACUUGAAGUAUGUGAAGUUGGGGUACCAUUACUUGAUCAAUCAUGGGAUAUACCUCGCCACCAUUCCGGUGUUGGUGCUGGUUUUCGGGGCGGAGGUGGGGAGCUUGAGCAGGGAGGAGCUGUGGCGGAAGAUCUGGGACAGCACCGCCGGAUACGAUCUCGCUACCGUGGUUGCUUUCUUGGCUCUUUUUGUGUUCACAAUUUCUGUCUACUUCAUGUCGCGCCCGCGGUCUAUCUAUCUUCUUGAUUUUGCUUGCUACAAACCAAGUGAUGAUUUUAAGGUGACGAGAGAUCAGUUCAUCGAACUAGCCCGGAAAUCCGGCAAGUUCGACGAAGCAAGUCUCGAAUUUCAGAGGCGAAUCCUCCAAUCCUCCGGCAUCGGCGACGAAACUUAUAUCCCGAAAUCCAUCGGCUCGCCGGAAAACACAGCCACCAUGAAAGAAGGCCGCGCCGAAGCCGCCACUGUGGUCUUCGGCGCCUUAGACGAGCUUUUCGAGAAAUGUAACGUCCGGCCGAAAGACGUCGGAAUCCUGGUCGUCAACUGCAGCCUCUUCAAUCCGACGCCGUCGCUCUCCGCCAUGGUGAUCAACCACUACAAAAUGAGGGGAAACAUUUUGAGCUUCAAUUUGGGGGGAAUGGGGUGCAGCGCGGGGGUAAUCGCGGUCGAUUUGGCGCGCGACAUGCUGCAGGCAAACCCUAACAACUACGCUGUGGUGGUGAGCACGGAGAUGGUGGGAUACAAUUGGUACCCGGGGAAGGACAGGUCGAUGCUCAUCCCGAAUUGUUACUUCCGGAUGGGCUGCGCCGCCAUGUUGCUGUCCAAUCGCCACCGUGACCACCGUCGAGCCAAAUACAGGCUCGAGCAUAUCGUGAGGACUCACAAAGGUGCUGACAUUCGGAGCUUUAGGAGCAUCUAUCAAGAAGAAGACAGCGAGAAGUUCAAGGGAAUUAAAAUCAGCAAGGACUUGGUUGAAAUAGGGGGUGAUGCGAUCAAGACCAACAUCACAACAUUAGGCCCCCUGGUCCUGCCCUUCUCAGAGCAGCUCCUUUUCUUCUCAACACUGGUCUGGAAAAUCCUGUUCGGCAAUGGUGCCAAAUCACAGUCCACAAAGCCUUACAUCCCUGAUUACAAGCUAGCAUUUGAGCAUUUUUGUGUCCAUGCUGCAAGUAAAACGGUUCUUGAUGAGCUGCAGAGGAACUUGAAACUGAGUGACAAGAACCUGGAGGCAUCACGUGCUGCACUGCACAGGUUUGGCAACACAUCGAGCAGCAGCAUUUGGUACGAGCUGGCCUAUCUGGAAGCUAAGGAGCGGGUGAAGAGGGGUGAUCGCGUCUGGCAACUGGCCUUUGGGUCGGGUUUCAAGUGCAAUAGUGUGGUGUGGAAGUCGCUGCGCAAGAUCAGGAGACCUUCCAGGAACCCAUGGCUUGAUUGCAUUGACAGGUACCCUCACGGCGAUUUUCAGGCGUGAUCCUGGAAUGGUGUGACCUGACUAAGAGUCAAAGUCUUGGAGAUUGGUUUGAUGGUUUGUAUUGUCCAGUUUGAGUAUUCUGAAAGACUACAGGAUAGAAUGACUUAUAAGAAGUUUAUUAUAUUGUUCGAACCUUAGUUCAAGAUCAUUAGAACCUAUCGUUUCAAAUUCUCCAAAAGGGGCACGGGUCGUUAUUCGUUUUUCUUUUCCUACGUUGGUGUAAAAACUCUAAAGAAAUGAGGGCAUUGUGGACAAUGAUGACUAGUAAUUUUAAGAGUUUCUCUCCUAUUGUUAAAUAUACACUUGGAUGAGUUUUGAAA